CCGACGCAUUGGUUUCCCUGGCAACCGUCGAGCCCGCGGCGCUGCGGCAGGAGAGAUGCUACCCUGGCGCCCGCGCGAUCCCCUGCAGGCGGUGCGGCGCCGCAGUCAGGAGCUGAAGCUACAGGUUGAUACUUUACUUUCUGAAAGCCAGUUGAAAGCAACUCUAGAGCCCAGUAAAAGGCAAGAUGUUUACCAAAGAUGUAUUCAGUUAAAACAGGCAAUUGAUGAAAAUAAAACCACUCUUCAAAAAUUAAAGAAGGCCGACGAAGCAGCCCCUGUGGGGAACUAUGAUCAGAGGAAGGCGGAGGAGCAGAGCCUCCUGGAGAAGCUCACCCAGCAGCUACAGGAACUCGCCAUGGCCAUAAGUAAAGAAAAUAUGACCAGGACUGGUGCCCAUACCGAAAGGGAGGAAGAUGCUGAUUCUACUGAAGAUGAACAGGACGAGGACGAGGAGGAGGAUGGUGAUGAUGAUGGUGAUGAUGGUGGUGAUGGUGAUGAUGAUGAUAAAGGAGAAGAAGACAGUGAAGAAAGUGAUGGGGAGGAAGAAGAGUCAGAAGAGGAGGAAGAGCAGCAGGGAGAGGAAUCUCUCAAACAAGCAGCAAAUGAAGAAUACAUUGCCCUUGGUGACUUUACUGCCCAGCAAGCUGGGGAUCUUACAUUUAAAAAAGGGGAAAUUCUCCUUAUAAUUGAAAAAAAGCCUGACGGUUGGUGGAUAGCAAAGAAUGCUGAAGGAAAUGAAGGGCUUAUUCCCAGAACCUACCUAGAGCUCUGCAAUAAAGAAAAAGAAGAGCAGGAACCAAGUGACCAGGACAGCGAGGAGGCUGUGGACGUGGAGGAUGAAACUGCAGACGGAGCUGAAGCUAAGCCACGAACCGAUUCCCACUGGAGUGCGGUUCGCAAAGCCAUCUCAGAGCAGCUAAAUACCGUGGACGUGCUCGCCACCAUGGGGGCCAUUCCUGCGGGCUUCCGGCCCUCCACGCUGGCCCAGCUGCUGGAGGAAGGGAAUCGAUUUCGAGCAAGUUCCUUCUUACAGCCAGAGCUCACGGCAUCACAACUGGCCUUCAGAGACCUAGUGUGGGACGCCAAGUCGGGCACUAUCAGGCCAAGACCCAGCCGCGUCUCGCUGGUGCUCACGCUGUGGAGCUGUAAGAUGAUCCCGCACCCUGGAGCCAGCCUCCAAGUCCUCAGCAGACACGUGCGCCUCUGUGCCUUCGAUGGCAGCAAGGUCCUGAGCAACAUUCAUACUGUCCGAGCCACGUGGCAACCUAAAAAGCCCAAAACAUGGGCAUUUUCUCCCCAGGUCACUGGCAUCUUGCCCUGCUUGCUCAGUGGGGACUGUUUCAUCAGGUCCAAUUCUUCAUCUCCCGACCUCGGAAUCCUGUUUGAACUUGGAAUUUCCUAUAUUCGCAACUCUACCGGUGACCGAGGAGAGUUAAGCUGUGGCUGGGCGUUUCUGAAGCUGUUCGAUGCCAGCGGCGCUCCUAUUCCGGCCAGAACUUACGAGCUCUUCCUGAACGGCGGGACCCCCUAUGAGAAAGGCGUGGAAGUGGACCCUUCCGUGUCCAGGAGAGCACACAGCAGUGUUUUCCAUCAGAUGCUGACCAUGCGAAGGCAGCCUCAACUUCUGGUGAAACUGAGGUCUCUGAACCAAAGAUCGAGAAACAUCCUGAGCUUCCUGCCGGAAACCUUGGUUGGAAGUAUGUGCUGCUCCCACCUGCUGGUAUUUUAUCGGCAGAUUCUUGGAGAUGCGCUGCUAAAAGACAGGACAAACUCACAGAACGCUGAUCUCAUCAGUCACCCAAUGCUGGCCUCCUUCCCCCAGCUCCUGGAGCAGCCUGAAGUGAUGGACGCGCUAAGGAGUUCAUGGGCUGAGAAAGAAAGCACACUGAAAAGAUCAGAGAAGCUGCCAACAACUAAAUCACAUGGGGACAAGGAAAGAUGAGUUUGGCCUAGGCUGUGUCCCAUACUCACAAGUGCCUGGGUCCGCUAGUGUCACUUAGAAGAACGGUGAUUAUCACAGAAGUCGCAUGGAUCUGUGAGCAGCGGUUCAACUGCGCUAACCCAAGAUCAGCAGGCGACUUCUGUAAAGGGCCGGGUGGUAAAUAUUUCACCCUGCGGGCCACACAUCUGGCGACAAGCACUGUCCUCUGCCGCCAGGAUACAAGUGCCUGAGGCUGGCCUCGGACCUCUGAGGCCCUGUGUACACACAGACGCAUUUCCCCGUGGUCCUGUUUGCCAUUUCCUGAUCUAAAGUGCUGGUUAUCUGAAGUGUUGAUCUAAGUAAGGGUUGUGGGAGAACAAGCAAACCGAAAACUCUGACUGCUGGGGGUGCUAUAUCCCAUAGACUUAUUUACACAGCAUAUAAAUAUACCACAGACUUAUUUAUACAGCUUACUUGGGCUUCCCUUUGCUAUAUGACCUUUCCCACAGCUGGCACACGACCUUUGCUAAAAGGCAGGCUGCAGUACCUCAGUGUUGUCAGGGCAGUGUUUGGGUGGAGAGUGCUGCAUACGGAUUGCUCUGCCCUCGGCCAUUGUGCCCCUUGUGCCCCGGCCAUGGCCUGAUGGCCUCGGGGCUGGGUGGAUCCUCUUGAUACAGGGAGGCUCUGGUGCCCUCUGGACCACAGGACCCCCGCUUCCCAGCCCAGGCACUGCUAGAAUUUUACCGAAUCCUUACCUCCUGGAUCUCCUUUCUCUGGACCCCAUGUGUACAUCUGUCCCUCCCUUACAGAAGCCAGACAGUUGUCUCUACUAUGCUGUCACUGGGCUAAGUAGACACAGCUGACCUUGCUCUGCAUCUUAGCAGAACCACACAUUUGUCACCAGCGUUAGAUGGCAAUGCCGUGGUCUCCUGAGAGUGUGUGACACUCAAGGAGACACUGGGAGACUGUCUCAGGGAACCCCCCGGCUGUGCUCUGGGGUGGCUUUUUAGCUGUCAGGCACAAAGGGCACCUCUCCCAUGGCGCCUUGCAGGUGGCUUUUAACUAACAAGGGUCAGAAUCUCCUGCUUAAGCGUAAUGAUGUGUUCCACCCACGGUUACUCUUGCUGGCUGCCGCUGUUUCCCCAGAGGGACAGAGAGCUCCUGAAGGCCAGCUUCCUCCUGGUCUACCACGACCUUGUGCUCCCGCUGCUGCACUCCACGCUGCUGCCCCCCUUCCGGUGGGCCGAAGAGGAGACCCAGGCUGCGCGGUGGAAAA